CUGCCUCUCAUCUCAUCCCACAGACGCAACGCAACUCUCUUCUCUCACCGUCGCCAUCUCCUCUCUCACAGUCUCACAUCAUCACACCGUCACCAACUAUCCUCCCUCCCACACAAACGCAACUCUUCUUUCUCACAUCGUCACCGUCGCCGUCAACAUCUCCUCUCUCACAUUGUCACCGUCGUCGUCGCCAUCUCCACUCUUCAUUACUUUUCAUUUUGAGUCCAUCACACCUCCACCAUUGUAGAUCUCUGUUAGUGAGCCCUAAAAAGAUUCAAAAGUCUUGACAUCUGUGUACCCAGUUGUUGAUGGUCUAUCCGAGGAUAUCACUCCUUCUCUCGAUGGUCUAUCCGAGAAAGAGAUGGGUGUUUUUGAUGAUUGGGAGAAGAAGUUUGAAGCUAAGUACCUAGUUGUUGGCUGUGUUGCUUCUUAAAGUUAUGUGGGUGUUGGGUAGGAAGGAUUGUGUAUGAUCUGAACUUGCUGGUAUAGCGAAUAAUUGGAUUAAUAAAAUAAAUGGGGGUUGUGUGAAUUUGGCUUUAUUGUUCUUUUUAUUUUGUUUGGUUUGCAGUUGUGUGCUCUGGCCAUAGUUUGCCCCAUUUUGUUUGUAGGAUGAUUCAUUUAAUUCUUGCAAUGAAUUUGAGAUCCUUGCUGGUCUCUUUGGUUUACUAAGAUGCCUUUAAUUCUUAGUAUCGGUAGGAAUUGUGUGGAUGCAUGAAUGAAAAAAAAAAUAAAGGACGAUGGAGUGAGUUUGGGAUUUUUGUGCACUUUCAAAAGUUAUUCCUAGGGUGAAUGCUUAUGUCUAUGUAUCUCAAGCUUGAUUCUGCUGAUCUCUUGGGAGGAGCUUUAGUUUCUAGGAUAUGUGGUUUUGUUGACUUCAUGCGUAUAUAGAUGUUAGGAGUGAAUUUUACGGGUGUAACUAUCAUAAUUGAAAACUAUUGGGGUGAAAAUAAUAAUUAAAACCGAAGAGAGAAAAAAUGGGCACCCACUGGUCCACCCGUACAUGCAUAAGGUAGGAUACGGGUUCAAUAUUUUAGACCCGUAUAUCUCGACCUGUAUUAGGUCCAUACCCAUGUCCUUUGGGACCCGUACCCAUGAUAACCCGACCCCAACCCAGUCCACCCGCCCGUUUUGCCAGGUCUACUAAACAUAUAAGUAUAGUUGAAGUAAAUUUCUAAAAACCCCUCAUAGCAUUGAUAAGUAGAAUGCCAACCCAACUACUAUAUCUGCCUUCUGUAAUCACCCCAUUUUUACUGUUCUUUAUUAAACCAAAGGUGAUGGGCAAGGAGGAAGGUGAGGCAUAUGACAACAACAAAUGAUUAAUGGGCGAUUUAAAUACUAGUAAAUGAAGACCAAAGUGAAAGUGAAAGUGAAAGUGAAAGUGGACCUUCCAAUUUGAACGCACGCCCUCAACAUAAAUGUCUUCUUCCUCCCAAAACCCAUAUCUCCAAUCACCAGAUAAAUGGUGCCGGUGACUCAAUUUCACCCUUAAUUUCCAUUAAUUUCACUUAUGGAUUCCGUGCAAAUCCCUCACUCUCAGACUCAGACCUCCAAGAAGAGUUUAAAUUAUGUACUGUUUCGGAUGAUCUUAACCCUCGUUUUCCCAAUCUUCAUCUUCUUUUUCUUGUCGUUUUCGAUCGGCCUCGUCGCAAUUUUGUUCGGGGAAUUAUCGGUUUCUAGUUCCAUUUUUGUUCAGACUCAGUGCAAGAUAGUCUCCAGUAGUGUUGAUAUAAGGUCAUCGAAGGUUUGUGAACUUGGGGUGUUGAAUUAUAAAGCGAAGCGUGUGUUUUACCCUUUUGAAAAAAGUAAAUUUCGGUGUCGGUAUGAUUAUUACUGGGCUUCUGUGUUCAAGGUGCAAUAUAUUGAUCAUUCUCGGGGUCAAAUACGAUUUGCUUUGGCAGAGGCUCCAAAUGAGGCUCUUCCAGUUAAUUGCAGGCCAAAUUUUGGUGCUGCGUGGUUGACCAAAGAUAAAUUUAAGGUAAAUGAGACCUAUGAAUGCUGGUAUACAUCUGACGUCUCCAAGGUGAGCUUGUAUCAUGAUGGUUUUUUCAGCUGCCAGGCAAAAGAACCAUCCGCAGUUGAGAUGUUUAGACGAUACUCUAUCUUGUCCACAAAGAUUUUACAAUCUUGGUUUACUCACAACAGAAAAGCCAAGUACUGGAGGUGGGAGACAAUAAUUAGUGUUUUUUCUGGUUUCUUAACUUCAUUGAUCACCAUCAGCGUUGUUAGAAUUCUACAAACAGUUAAGUCUUGGACGCUAGCUCGGGUUUUCAAUACUGUCUUCUUCAAGCGUGUUUGUUUUCUUGUGGUAUACUUAUUAGUCAUGGGUUGGUUGGCCAUUUGUUAUGGAAAAUGGCUUGGUCUUCUGUAGAUUUUUCACAGUUAAUAAUUUCCUAGGGAGCAUUCUCUUUUACCGGUGCUUCUUACUCUUUCUCCUCCUGAGGACCAGAGUACUGCCGCUUCAAAAUUGCAAUAUAUGUAACAUUCCUUGUGCAACAUACGUGAUAAAGUACCUAGAUAAAAUGAAGAAUAUGUAGCUGAGGUGAAUAGGAAAUUCUGAGUAUAUAGGAGAUUUGUGUUAUGAAACAGCCGAUGUAACAUAUAAUACAUUACGUUUAAGCAUUUGAUAAGUUUAGAGUUGGAAGGCAAGAUAUAGUAUUUAAUGUAUAGCUGUAGUCAGAUUGAUUAUUGCUUCUCAUUUUCCAUUUGGUGCGCUUAAGAGUACCGCAAUUUUAUAAUUCGAUGUGGGUCAAGGAAAAAAAAGGAACAUUUGAAUGUUUUCAUACUACUUUUAUACAGUCAGUUUGCUAAA